AUGCCCCGUGCUUGCGAACCUUGCUGUCCAUGGUCGGACGGCCUCCCACCUGAGCUUCUCGACAUCAUCCUCCGCUAUCUCAUCUGCCCCGCCGACCGUGUCUACUUCGCUGCUGUCUGCCGCGCGUGGCGCUCUGCAGCGCAGGUCCAUAAAGCCGCGCCGUGCCAGCUCCCGUGUCUCCUUCUCCCGUCCCUUGUUUCACCCUCCUUCUUAAGCCUCCACUCCGGAGCCACCCGUCGCCUAUACCUCCCGAAGAGCGUUCAUGCGGCGCGCCUAUGCGGCUCCCACGAGGGUGGCUGGGUCGCCCUCGCCUUGGACCAGGGGGGAGGGUACGCGGCGGCGAACCUCUGCUCCGGCGCCAUGGUUCCUCUCCCUAACUGGCUUAGGAUUCCCAGCGAACACGGCUGGGUCGACACCAAGUAUGAGCACCGUAUGAUCAUCCAAACCGUCACCUUUUCGGGCACGCCGUUGACGGAGGGCUUCCUCGCCGCUGCACACGUUUCCAGCGCUUCCAGCAUAGCGUUCUGGCGGACAGGGAUGAACGGACACUGGAUUGGAUGCAGGCAUGAUAUGGGCGUGAUCGAGGACAUCAUCUAUUACAAGGAAGGUUUCCAUGUCCUCUCCAGCACAGAGGAUGUUGUGGUGUACGCUCCCAACGCCGUCAGCGGUCACCCUCUGGUGAUGUCCCGUACCUCCUACCUGGUUCAGAAGCGUGCUGACUACAAGCCCAAUAGCCACCUGCCCUAUACGCACAGCAUGUCCCGCUAUCUGGUGGAGUCCCGUGGAAAGCUGCUAAUGAUCCUGCGGCUCUUCAGGCCCAAGCGGCGUCGCGAGUUCAGGAUCUUUGAGAUGAACCUUGCUGCUGGGGACUCUAAAGCUUCCUGGGAGGAGCUCCACGCGCUUCCUGGACGGGUCCUCUUACUUGGUCGGGGCUGCUCCAGGGCCUACGAGGUGUCUCAGUUCGACAGGCUCCAAGUAGGUAGCAUCUAUUACCUGGACGAUGAUACAAGCUUCAAUCUAUCCUGGGCGUUGAUCAACGGGAGUAGGCAUUCCAGUACGUACAUGGGUGGCAUCUACGACUUUCACAAAAAAUGCAAUAAGAGGAGGCGCUUCCCGCGUAAAUUUACUUUCGAGUGCUCUCUUCCAAUCUGGUUUAUACCCUGAAUCAUUGUACAGUCUGGCUAGCUAGUACCCUUGAAUUUUUUGCAAUUUAUUCUCAGAGAUAAGAAGAUAGAUUCAGGUGAACAAAUGUAUGGCAUGUUGGAAACAU